AUGACGGAGGAAGAGAAAAAGACGCUGGAAGAGUCGGUGGCCGACUACCAGGAGUCGGAGGACGAUGAUUAUGAUCCAGAUGCCAAGGAAGAAAACGACGACGACGAAGACGACGAUAAAGACCUCCCCAGGUACGAUAACCUCGAGUCUGGCGGAUUGAUCCGUACCAGGAGACAGAGGCUGGAGGAGAAACACGAGAAGUCGUAUGAGAAGCCCAAGGAGUCCUCAGUGGAUGUGGAUUCCAUUUGGAAGGAGCUUAAUCAGUCCAAGCCCAAAUCGUCGCCAGAACCAAAACCCCUGUCCCAGCCUACAGACUCCACAGAUACCGAAAAGAUCAAGAUCACCAGAACGUACGAGUUUGCGGGCGAGACCGUGACGGAGGAGAAAUGGGUGGACGCGAACUCGGAAGAGGCCCGUGCGCACUUCAACUCCACGAAACUCAAGGAAUCAAAGGAGUCAACGCCGGUUCAGCCUCUGCCUAAGAAAAAGGCCCCAAAACGGAAGCGGGCAAGUUUGCUGGAUGACGUGAUCAACAACGCUUCCAGCACCAAACUUUCCACAUUGGAGAAGUCGCGACUCGACUGGGCUUCGUACGUGGACAAGUCGAAGAUUGGAGACGAGCUGAAAUUUAAAAAUAAGGGAGGAUAUUUGGACCAGCAGGACUUUCUCUCAAGAGUCGAACACAGACAGGACCAAAAUUACAAGGACGCAAAGAAACAUAAUUAA